AUGAGCAUAACUCACAAUAAGCGAAGGGUGUCAGUGAAGGGUGGUAGGCCCCAGUCCGUUGGUUGGAAGUCUAGAGUGAAGCAAGGAUCUGGUGGGUUGCGUGGAAGGGUUGGGGGAGAGGGAGAGGGAAAGGGAGAGGGUGAGGGCGAGGGAGAGGGGAGAAGAAGAGAGAGAGGAGAGAGGGGAGAGGGAGAGAGAGAGAGAGGGAGAGGGAAGAAAGGAGAGGGAGGGGGAGAGUUGGGGUUGAAGAGGAUGAAAGGAACAAGGAGAGGCGUGCGGAGGAGAGGAGAGUUGUAG